AUGGCGAUGAUGAUGGCUGGCCGUGUGCUGCUGGUGUGUGCCCUCUGCGUGCUGUUGUGCGGUGCCGGCGGUAGAUGUGACGAGGAGGAGAGGGCAGCUCUUGGGAGUGAUGGUGGACCUCCGCCGGGAUCAGCAGAACCUGGAACGCCUCGAAAAGAAACCCAAGAAUUAAAAGAUGGAGCACCAGGUGUUAUAGAGACAGCAUCACCCCCAUCUUCGAAACCUACAGGGGAAGAUAAAGACGAUGAUGAUGAAGAUGAUGACGACGAUGAUGAUGAUGAAGAGACGGAGGCUGAAGGAGAAAGUAUAGAAGGGCAGAGUAAUAAAGGAGGAACAGCUCUACCAGACCCAGGUUCCGGGGAAAGGAAUUUAAGUGACAGCGGGCAGGAAACAGGCCGGGCAAAUGUACCUGCAGGGAGCAUUCCACCUUCCGGCAGUCAGUUAUCAAAUGCCAAUUCUACGCAAACAGAAGUUGAAGAAAAGAAGGACUCCGGCAAAAAUCCACCUGCAGUAGAGAAUCCACUCACAACAGUUAAUGGAGAGAACACACUGCCUGGGGACAUUGCGGGAGUAACUCCUCCACCACCUCCAGAAGACGGUGUUGAUUCCCGCAAGCAGGAUGGCAAAGACACCACGAGUGUAGGCGAAAAAAAUAUUCCACCGCCUGAGACCACAGCCACACCACAAAGCCACCGAGACGAAGGCUCAGAAGGGACUGGGGAAGAUACAAAGGCAACGACAGUAACCGCCAACACAACAGAUACGACGAAUAAACAAAACAGUGACGGCAGCACCGCGGUCUCCCACACCACCUCCCCUCUUUUGCCUCUUCUUGUUGCGUGUGCGGCUGCGGCUGCGGUGGUGGCCGCGUGA